AUGGCGCUCUGCAAAGCUGUGGCUGCCGCGCUUUUUUAUCGGCUCAUCUUUUGGGCCAAUUUUACAGUCGCGCAGCAACCCCCUGAGUCCGCUGCAGGCUCCACCGCUACCAUCAGCUCUGCCGCUCAGCUGCCACAUCUGCUUGCUACCCUUGCGCCGCCCGUAUCUUUAAUUGUGACUGGUGAUUUGCUUUUCAACGCGACCAACUGGCCUGACCCAAUACGCUGGCCCGGAGGAGGGGGUCACGCGAGCCUUUCUUCCGUGACAACGGGAGGCCCGAAGCCAGUCUUGACUUUUAAGGGUCAACGUAUCGCUACUACUCCAGCUCCAGCAAGUCAGGAAAACAAAAUUACGACUGAAUUGCGCGCGAGCAAUAGUGCUUCCAGCGGCAACAGCAGCAUUCCCAGCGAGCUUUCGCCGUCGUGCGAGCAGGAAAAAACGACUUAUCGGCUGCCCAGGGUGGAUUUUGCGAAUAUGCAGGGUCGCCUACACCUGGAUGCGGGAGCUAUGCUGGUGCUUAGAAACCUGGAGGUCUCCGGUACGACACUGGGCACAUGGCUCCAACACGAGACGCUUGAGGUGGUUUCGGAGUCCUCCGGGGCGACUGUGGUAAUUGAUUCGUGUCUACUUCACAAUACCGUAUGUCCCGCUGCCGCGGACUUACUCAACGGAUAUACCGCGCUGCGGCGUGCAGCGGGCUUCCCGGGCUUCCCGGGCAACCAAACCGCGAAUAAGGCGGCAUCGGCAUCCGGGGUUGUACGGCACUGCUACAGCCCUGCCGUACUGUUGGUGGACGUGACGAGCACGCUGCCGAAUUACGGCCAGGUCUGCUUUCGUCCUUGUGUACUAUCAUUUCAUAUUCGCAUUACUGUUUUUGCUUUGGCUGUUGGUGGCUACACUACUGUGAUCCACAACACCACGCUCCUGUGCGAUAUGGCCGUGCCGAAAAAUUGCACCCAGACGAAAAGCGAGCGCGACUGCUUCCUGGAGCUCCUUGCAAAUGUACCUCCCGGUAUUACGGCAGAUGUCGUGCUCAAAUCAGCUGCCGUACAUUUGUCGGAUGGACCAUUCAGCGAUGGCGGUGGAGGCGGCAGUGGGAGAUGGGAUCGUUUCGGGCUGGUGGCAGGGAUUAGCGGCGCGGUUGGCGGUGCGGGCGGUUUGCUCGUAGCUGUGGCGCUGUAUGUCAUACUCGUCCGUCGUCGUGGCCAGAAAUGCGGGGGAGGACUUCCCGGCUGCUUCGAUUUACGCACGGACUCAUGUAAACUCGAGGACAUCGAGGAGGCUGUGGGUUCGAUCAAAGGUCCCCUAAUCAACAACCACUUGACGGGCGGAGGAGCCAAAAAGGAUUGCCGUAGCUGCAAUCAGCCCAGCAGCAGCUCCGAAACCAACACCAUCACCACCAAUGAAUCCGUUAGCAUUGUGGCCGGAACCGAGUCCGGAAUCAUCUCAGCGGCUGGAGUCACCGCGGGAGGUCCUGGUUUCGGAGCUGCUGCAGCCGCCGUGGCUGUGGGGAUGGGAGGGGGAUUGGAAGGGCUAUUGGAGCAGCAGCGACAACUCAGCGCGCCCGACGAUAUCCGCCUGAAUGUCCUUCUGGGUGCUGGAUCUUUUGGUCGAGUGUACGGCGGUAUCUGGCGAGAUGGGCCUUGCGCGGUCAAAAUCCUGACCCAUGGGACCCGGGAGAUGCCCAUCAUAGAGCGGGAGCUGCAAGUCAGUUUGUCGUGUAAGCACCCGAACGUGGUGGCCACGAUGCACUUUGUCAGGCUGGAUGUGACUCGCUCUGCUGCGGGACGUCUUCAGCAGUUGAAGGCGUCGGGAGGCCCACAACGCGGAGGCGGAGGCGGCAUCGCCAGCGGCAGUAGUGGUGUGGACAUGUUCCCCACGCCGGGGCGAUCCCGCGGCGGCGGCGGCGGCGGUGCAGAAAGCGCAAGCAGCUUGUACGAGACAUGGCUCAUCCAGGAGCUCUGCGACGGCGGCGCGCUGUCGUCAGCGCUGUACGGCGGGAGGUCCUUGGGUGUCGUACAGGAGGGCCGUCGAGCUGGCAGCCUACCUUCUCAAGUCGACAUGCCCGCCAUUUUGUCUCUGGCGUUGGAUAUCAGUCGCGGUAUGGCCUACCUUCAUAAAGGGGGCAUCGUGCAUGGGGACCUUAAGGCGGAGAAUGUGCUGCUUCGAGCCCGCAGCGCCGCCUCCGACUCGCCAUCAAAGCCACAAUUGCAGCCCGCAAAUAGCAGCAGCAGUAACAGCAGCGAUAGUAGCAGCAGCGGCAGUAGCAGCAGCGGCAGUAGCAGCAGGGGAAAAGGGAAGGAUGCAGCGACGGAAGCGACGGUGACCGGGGAGGGGACACUCAGGCCGGAGGGAACCUUCAAAUCAGGUGCUACGUUGCCACUGCAGCCGCCGGCAGCUGCUGACGUGGCGGGGACGCCGAGGGAUAACGCGGUUCGCAGCUGGGGCGACGAGGACGAUGAUGACGGCGGUCGCGGCGCUGCCGUCGCCUUUGGACCGACAGCGUCUAAACCGCCGGCAUCGUACAGUUCCUGCCGUUACGUGGCCAAGGUCGCCGACUUCGGCCUGAGCCGGGCGUUGGAUCCAGGACGGACGCACCAAACAACACGAAACGUGGGAACCAUCACUCACAUGCCCCCGGAGAGCUUAAUGGGCGGACAGAUGCACCUAGCGACCGAUGUUUACGCAUUCGUGUGGGAGCUGUACACGGGCUCCCGGCCGUACAGCGGUCUGACGGCGGGUGAAGUCGUACAUCGCGUCGUGGCCCAGGGCUCCCGACCAGCCUUCCCGUGUAGCGCGCCACCCGCCUGGUGCGACCUGGCGGCCGAGUGCUGGGCACAGGAGCCUGGACGGAGACCCACGUUUGCGCAGGCAGGUGGAACAGAAACUGGUGGCCCUUCUUGCCGAGUACAGCUGUUGCUGAAGCAGCAACGCAACACCGGACACCCGACAUGA